AUUUUUUGGUGAAGAAUUUGAAUUUAUCUCUCUCCUCCACAAAAAAGUGAGUGAAAAACAACAUCAACAACAACAAUCAAUUACUAAGAAGCUUCCUUCUCUUCUUCACUAAUCUCUUUUCAUGGUUACAUUAGUAUCUUCUCUCUAAAAAGUUGAGGAGAGAGAAAAUUUUGAAGCACAUUUUAGCUUAAGUUUACACUGAAAAAAAAAAGGUUGAAGAAGAUGAAUAAUAGACAAAUGCAGAGAUCUGGGGUUUCAACUGCUCAUCAUCAAAGACAACAUUCUGAUAAUUUCUUGGAAAAUGGGUUUUGGCUUCAGUCUAAUGUUGCUCAACAGGAUUAUGGGUAUUAUGGGCAAGGAACAAGAGGAAGUAGGAAUGGACAGAGGGGUUAUGGCAGUGGCAAUGGGGAUUAUUACACGGAGCCGUCUACGCCACCUGUGAACCCGUCUCGGAUUUCGAGGAAGAACAGUGAGGGCCAGAUUUCGGCAAACGAAUUCAGCCCUGGUUUGUUAGAUCUUCACUCUCAUGAUACUGAGCUUUUGACUGAGAUGCCUGCUCCUACUCAGUAUAAUGGUUCUUCAUACCAGUCCUUUCAAAGCAGAAGUUUUGACGACUUUGAAAUUCCUGCAAGCAAGCAGAACGGGAUUAAUAGGGGUCGCGGUUUGCAAGAGAACAAUCUUCUGAAAAGUCUUUCUGUCGAUAAAGAUAAAAUCAGUUCUGUAGCAAAAAUCAAAGUUGUGGUUCGGAAGAGACCUCUUAACAAAAAGGAGGCGGCAAAGAAUGAGGAGGACAUUAUAGAGACACAGGCCAACUCUCUGACAGUUCAUGAAACUAAAUUGAAGGUUGACCUGACAGAAUAUGUGGAGAGACACAAUUUUGUCUUUGAUGCUGUGCUGGAUGAGGAAGUUUCAAAUGAUGAGGUCUACCAUGAGACAGUGGAACCCAUAGUGCCUAUUAUUUUCCAACGCACAAAAGCCACAUGCUUUGCAUAUGGACAAACAGGAAGUGGAAAGACUUUUACAAUGAAACCAUUGCCACUUAAAGCCUCCAGAGAUAUUCUACGGCUAAUGCACCACACUUACCGGAGCCAGGGUUUCAAUCUGUUUGUCAGCUUCUUCGAGAUAUAUGGUGGAAAGCUUUACGAUCUCCUUAAUGAGCGGAAAAAACUCUGCAUGAGAGAAGAUGGAAAACAGCAAGUGUGCAUAGUAGGAUUGCAAGAAUACAGAGUAUCAGAUGUAGAGAUGAUCAAGGAGCUCAUAGAGAGAGGAAACGCCGCCAGAAGUACAGGCACUACUGGUGCUAAUGAAGAGUCCUCCCGCUCACAUGCUAUCCUUCAGCUUGCUAUUAAAAGAUCAGUUGAGGGUGCUGAGUCGAAACCUCCACGACUUGUUGGCAAACUUUCCUUCAUUGAUCUUGCUGGGAGUGAACGUGGUGCGGAUACCACUGACAAUGAUAAACAGACCAGGAUUGAAGGAGCUGAAAUCAAUAAAAGCUUGCUUGCCUUAAAGGAAUGCAUCAGAGCUCUUGACAAUGACCAAAAUCAUAUACCAUUUAGAGGAAGUAAAUUGACUGAAGUGUUGAGAGAUUCUUUUGUUGGAAACUCGAAAACUGUAAUGAUAUCUUGCAUUUCUCCGAGCUCGGGCUCAAGUGAACAUACUCUUAAUACACUGAGAUAUGCUGAUAGGGUGAAGAGCCUUUCUAAAGGAAACAACGGAAAGAAGGACAAUAUGCUUUCUUCAGUAAAUUUAAGGGAAUCAACAAAUUUACCAUUGUCUUCUGCUUUACCGGCUAUGCUCAAGGAUAGUAGUAUCGACGGUUGGCCCCAACCUGUUGAGAGAGAUGAGUAUGAUAUUGCGGAAGAGACGUAUGACCAAGCAAAAAUUUCUUGGAAGAAGAAUGGGAAGCUUGAGUCAGGAGUCUAUGCUCCUGAGGAUAAAAUAAAGACUGCCAAGGGCCAGACAAAACGGAAAGACACUUCAAAAGUUGAGACAAAGAACCUUGAUUCAGAAGAUGAUGAACUGAAUGACCUUUUGCAGGAAGAAGAAGAUCUUGUCAAUGCUCACCGAAGACAAGUUGAGGAAACUAUGGAAAUUGUAAGAGAGGAAAUGAAUCUGUUGGUUGAAGCUGAUCAACCAGGGAAUCAGUUGGAUGAUUAUGUCACUAGACUCAAUGCCAUUUUAUCCCAAAAGGCUGCUGGAAUUAUGCAGCUGCAAACUCGUUUGGCUAAUUUUCAAAGACGGUUAAAGGAGAACAACAUUUUAGUGUCAUCACCUGCAUAUUGAUCUGAUUGUUUCAUCGAUUGAAGAAGCUGAAUAUCAACAUAGAGAACCUUUCUGCAUAGUGCCGCGGUGCCGCCUAGGGAUGUAGCUUGUAAGCAGAUUGGCGAAAGUCCAGUGUCCAGUCCAGAAUUUUGGACUGGACAAGAUUUGGAUUCAAUAUAUGAGUCCAAUAUAUUUCGGAUUGAUAUAGUAUAUAUAAAAAAUCAUUUAUUAUAUGUUUUAAA